CUUGUAGUCAUGUACGAUAUAUGAAUCAAUUAAUCUGCGUUGCACCGCCAAAUGAUAUACUCGAAUAUAUUGAGUCGACUGAGCUUCAAGCAACUCCUUGUCCACAAAUCAUUGAAGCGAAAUUAAGACGUUACAA